AUGCCUGGCAGACGAACCAGUUCAAGGCAAGUGGGCUUCGCGCCGGUGGAGGCGACUUACUCCCGCCUUCCACGCGACGAUGAAGCCUACGUGAUGAAAGCCUUUGCCAAACAUUCCGCCCAUUGCACCCAAUGCUCUGACCCAUACAAAACCCAUCUCAAAGGCGGCAGCCUAUGCGCCAAAGGGACUCGUCGCGCCCAGGACGUCGCCGACUAUGUGAUCAACAAAGCUGGCCUCGCCUUCUCUGUGGUCGACCUCGAGCAGAAACAUAAGCGAAUCCAGGUCGAGAUCCCAGCCGACUGCAGCGCCGUGCGAGACUUACUGAAAGCUAUGGAGCGUGGUCUGCGCCUCCAGUCUUCGAAGCCAAUCGAGAGCUACGAUAAGCAUUAUUACGUCCCAUCACGGCGGCAGCACAAGGAGAACGACUUAGAGCACGAGCUCGAAUCAUCACACUCAUCUAGCCCGCGGCGACAUCACGACGAUGACUAUGAGCCAAUUGCGCCGAAAUCCAAGGGAAAGGCCCCAGCUCGUUCUCAAAGCACACGACACCACCAGCGCCCACAGUCGACUCACAUCCCCAGCAACCACCACCGGCAGCCGAAUUACUACACCAUUGCGCCGCAGGGUGUGGCUCCUGUGCCUGCCUAUUCUUAUGCGCAGCCUAGUUAUGGCUAUUGGUACUGA